AUGAUUGUUGCUAACAAAGUUACAGUAGAUCCAUCCACUCUAAACUCUCUAAAUCAUAUUUACGCGAAUCAAGUUCAACUUAAUGUUAAUUCUACGAGUUCUUUCCCUGAUUUGAACAAUACAGUAUCAAUACAUACUAUUAAUGAGACUGGUUAUCUUUUGUGUUUGAUGAGAAUCUAUGAUACUGAAGGAUUAACUGUUCUUCACCAAACAAAUCAAAUAAUGAUCACAGGAAGUAGGGGAUCCAUCAUAUUAUGUAAAUUCUCAAGUGUUUAUUUGAAUAUUCACUUCCGAAAUUGUUCAUUGAAUUUAUUUACAAAUCAAUUCAGUGAUCUCGCUCAUUUAGCGUUAGAGUAUUAUAUCUCAGAUAGUACAUGCAAAGUCAAUAACUUCUAUUACGAUGAAAUCUAUUUUUCUUCAAUUCAUUUGAAAAAUUCGAGUUUGGUCUUAGAUUGUGAUUUUUGUCCCUACAAUACAUCUAUUUAUGAAGCAUCUAGUAUAACACUACCAAGGAAUAUAACAAAAAUGACGGAAUUACACGUAGAAGAAGAAUUAAUUUUAAAUCCUUUGAACGAAAACUCACAAAUCAGUUUGAGAAUUCUUAAACCGAAAAAUGUCCUCACUUCCUCUCAAUUUUUGAGUAUUUUGACUGAAAAAUUCGAAAUUGAUCGAGAAAAUGUCAAUAUCACUAAUAUUGCUGUUUCGGUUUUAGAAAAUUUCAUUGUUGAGCUUGUAGGUGAUGCAGACAUUGAAGAAUUAAUGUUCAAAAAGCAAGCAAAAAUAAAAUGGAAUGUAAAUUUUGACAAAAGACCAAAAAUUUACACAGAAAGGAUCAACAACACGAAAGACCAAGUCAUAGACAUUCAUAGUUUCAAUUCAUCUAUUUAUAAUAACAGAACAAAAUUUUCAUCAAUAAUUUAUCAACAAAUUGUUUUGUUUUCUUCAACGAAACCAGCACCAGAGUCAUUCUCAUUGAAUUAUGUUGAUGGAGAUCUUCCUAUAAGUACGAUUAUUCAAAAUAUUAAUAUUUUUGAUGGCCAAAAGUAUAUUUACGGGUUAUCGAUCAAUGAUUACCCAACAAAGUUCUAUCCUGAAGUAUAUCUUGACGAAUACUCCUUCGAUAACCCAGAAAAUCGAAAUUAUUUAUUAAAUUAUGCAGAUGCACAGAAUCAUAGCUACUUUACAUCGAAUAUAACGAGGAAGUUGUAUAUAAGAUCAAGUAAUUCGAUGGAUUAUACCUUCGAUGUCUAUAAUUUUUCAAGUAAAUUUGAUCUUUUUUACGGAUCAAAGGAAACAAACAAAUUGGUGAUGAAAUUCAAUAAGGACACGAAUAAAUGUCUUAAUUCCUUAUUCGCAGAGCAAGGAGUUCUUAAAAUUGUCAGUGAUUCUGAGGAAGAUAUCAAAUUAUCUCUUGAUUACCUCAGUUUAGACCAAUUAAAGGAAUUUUCUAUAUCAGAAAAUUCUAAAAUACACUUCACAACUAUAAAUAACUUGAAAGCUGGCAUAGAUCUCUUAAAAUAUCUGAAAUAUGAUUAUGUAAAAAAUUUUCAGCUUCAAAUCAUCGGUUAUCAGUUCAGUUUAAGGGUAUUUGAGGAUGGAUUUAGUAUUACAAAGCUUAAUAUGAACGAAACCAUCUAUUUUUACAACAAUAAAAUGGAGAAUUUCGUAAUUUACAUCACAGAUCACCAGCAAAUGACUUUGUCAUGCGAUAAGAGUAAUCCUAAGCCUGUUAAAUUAAGAUACAUAGAUACUGUAACUGAUAUUACUGUUAAAUUGAUUGGAAAAUUCCCUGAAGAUUUUAAAAAUAAUUUAAUGGAACUUCCGAAAGGUAUAAGUGUAAGAUUAUCUGUUGAAUCUGAAUAUAUACCAAUCGAUAUAAGUGAUUGCGCAUAUGCUAGCGUUGAUAAAACAAAUAAUAUUACAUUUACUACACUUCCACCGGCCAGAUUCUCUAAAUCAGCGAAAAUAGCUGUGUUAAAUUCAAUGGUUACCCUUUAUAUGAAGAAUAUGAUACUUUCCAAUCAUUCUGAAAUGGAAUUUAUCUCAACAAUGAGAGGAUCUAAGUCGCAGUUCAUAAUUGAGGAAUUGAAUGUAGAGGAAUCAUCAUCUGUAUCAAUAUCAUCAUGUAUGAUUUCAUCUACAAUCAAUAUUAAGAAGAAUUCUUCGAUUUCAUUUUUAAAUUCUAACAUUUCUACUUCAAUAAUGAAUGUUGAAUUAGAACCUGAGAAUACCAAUUGCAUAAUUGAUAUCAAAACAACAACAGAUAUUGUAGAACCCCCUGAACAGAUAAAUAUCAAAAUUUUAUUGCCGAAAAUCAUGGGAAAGAGGACAAUGAAAUGGACUCAAGAAUUCGCAAAUAACGUAUUGUCUGAUAAAUAG